AUGACAACUCUUACAACACUUGAUCUAUCACAUAAUAUACUAAUCGGCUCAAUAUCACCCUCCAUUGAUGGGCUAGAGAGUCUUGUAGCACUUGAUCUAUCACACAAUAUGCUCACUGGCUCAAUACCAUCAAAAUUGGGCCGAGCUCAUGGCCAAAGUAGUUUGAAAGAACUGCGUCUUUCUUAUAAUCACCUAAAUGAUUCAUUGGAGAAAAUCCUUCCUCAACUAUCAAAACUGGUUGUGUUGGACUUAACCGGAAACAAUUUGAUGGGAAAGAUCAGUGAUGUUCAUCUAGCUAAUUUUAGCAACCUCAAAGUGUUGGACCUAUCUUUUAACUAUGUAACUUUGAACAUGAGCAAAAAUUGGGUCCCCCCAUUCCAACUUGAAACUUUAGGUCUGGCAAAGUGUCUUUUGGGUCCUCAAUUUCCAAAAUGGAUUCAAACACAAAACAAUUUCUCCCAUAUAGAUAUAUCAAAUACAAGUAUCUCUGAUACUGUGCCUAAUUGGUUUUGGGAUUUGUCACCUAAUGUUGAGUAUAUGAAUCUCUCUUACAAUGAGCUGAGUAGAUGUGGACAUGAUUUCUCACAAAAAAUCAAACUUAAAAAACUUGAUUUGAGCUACAAUAAUUUCUCAUGUCCCUUGCCUCGAUUGCCUCCUAACUCAAGGGAUUUGGAUCUCUCCAACAAUUUAUUUUAUGGAACAAUUUCACAAGUGUGUGAAAUGUUGGGUGUCAAUAACUCAUUGGAAACUCUUGACUUAUCUUUUAAUAAUUUGUCAGGAGUCAUUCCAAAUUGUUGGAAAUAUGGGACAAACAUGAUUGUUCUUAAUCUUGCUGAAAACAAUUUUAUUGGAUUAAUUCCUGAUUCCUUUGGUAGCCUCGUGUAUCUCCACGUCGAAUCAAUUGAGGGGGCCCAUACCAUAUUGGAUUGGUACAGAAAUGUUGAUCCUAGAGACACUCGUAUUGAGUAG